AUGAAGCAAGUGUGCAUUCUCCUAGCGGUGCUGCUCUGCACGGCAACCGUCGCGGACGCCAUUGUUUAUGUCUACGCGACGACAUGUGCGAAAUGCAAAAGCGUAGGAGCUCUCUACUGUAACUAUGGGAACAUAGCUCAGAAAGGAAUUUUAUGCGACGGUCAGAGGACCAUUAAUAGCUGUGCGGAUUGUCAACGAAGACUAGGCCGUUGUUUUUUUACCAACUUUAAUCUGCAUUGCACAUUGUGA